AUGGAGGGAGAGGUGGGCAAAAGGGCGCUCGAGUGCAUCCUCAUGCCGGCCAUGUUCGCCGCCAAGAACGUCCGGGCCCAGCGCGACCGCCUCCUGCAGCUCCGCCGCCGCCUGGCGCCGCACGCCGACGCGGCCGCGGUCCAGGAGCUCGCCGCCGACCUCUUCAAGGUCUACUCCAAGGGCCUCAAGCACGGCGCCGGCUACCUCACGUCCUGCCUCCGUCUCGCGUACGACAGCGACGCCGACAUCUCCUUCUGCAACCCCGCCUUCGCCUUCAUCCCCGACGAGCAGCUCUACGCCGCGCUCUUCGCGCACCGCCUCCCGACCCGCCUACCCGGCACCCAGACCGAGGCCUUCGCCCGCAUCGAGCUCGCCUACCACGCCGUCAACCUGGCCUUGGGCCACCACGUCCCGCGUUGCGUCGAGUUCCUCGUCGGCGAACGGCCGCCCUCCGGCACCGGCAAGCCCGACGGCUGCAUGCUCGGAUACCCGGACGACGCGGUCGCCGCCGCCACCAGCCACAUCUUCAAGACCCGCCUCGCCGACAUGCUACCCCCGGACGCCGACGACGCGCGCAUCCCCAGGACCCGCCCCCGCCUCUUCAACCGUGGCCUGGACCUGGACCCGGCCGACGCCCCCGCCGCCGCCCCCACUUGGAAGCCCCCUCGGCUGGCCAGCAGCAAGGACCCGGACCAGGCGCUCAGCUACCUCCACCGCGCGUGCUCCCUCGCGAACCUCGCCGUCAAGCACAUCGACCUCGCCGUCGCCGUCAUGUCCACCUUCCUCGACCCCAAGGAGGUCGCCGAAACCGCCGAAAUGGCCGACGAAGAAGCAUACAUCUCUGAGGAAGGACCCUAUCCAUCAGAUUAA